AGUUAUGGAUGGUUCGCACCAGCUUGGUAUGUCAUUAAAAGAGCAAAGAAACCUGAAGGCAUUAACACAGUAAGUGCCUUGCUCAGAUCAAAGCAAAAGCACAAAAGGCCACAUUAUUUAUAAAUAUAUUUAAUGGUUAAAGGAACUUCUGGGGGGAAUGGCAAGGCAGGGGAAGAAGAUCUAGAGUGAUACCCUCUACAUUUCAGAUUUAUGAAUGAUUUCCUCCUCGAGCAGGGGUCUGAUGCAAAUGAGCAUAAAGGAAGUUGUCAGCUGCAUUCUGCUUCAGCCAAUAGCAGCAGAGCUCCAUUUUAGCUGUACCCGAGGCUGUAUUAAACAGCAGAUCAGCACUGUUCCAGCAUCCUUUCUAAAAAGAGAGCUGGUGCAGAGACAGAACUUGGAAGACUCUCUCAACAUGGCAACAUUCAACAAUAGUCGUUGGAAUGAAACUACAUCCCUCUACCAAUAUCUUGGUUUUCAAGUGCAGAAGAUUUAUCCUUUCCAUGACAACUGGAACACUGCCUGCUUUGUCAUUUUGGUCAUAUUUAUAUUUACUGUAAUAUGUUUGGUGGUGCUAGCUUUCUUAUAUGAGCUGCUUGACUGCUGCUGCUGUGUGAAAAACAAAACUAUGAAAGACUUGGAGAAUGAACCAAACCCUGUUAGAUCUAUGAUGGACAGCUUCAGGAAACGUGAAACGGAAGUGGUGUAGCAAUGGACUGUUUUGCUAGCAUCUGCAGCAAAACCUAUGUUCAAUAUUAUAAUAAAGCUGCUUGCAACUUUUGACAAAGCAAGUCAGAUUCUGCUUAGCCUUAAAUAUCAUUAGCACCAUUUUUUGUUCACUGGUGGAUAGAAACUUGAAGAGUUCACAAAAUGCUUAAUAAUGGAUGAUCAUUCACAGUGUUAUGUGAAAAUGGAUUUUAUGUAAAAAUGGUUUCUUUGUUGUUUUACAAUGAAAACCUGUUGACUAGACUGGAGUAAAAUUUUGUUCAUCUCACCA